AUGAAUAGAAUCAAUAGUCGUGUUUCCUAUUAUUAUCAGCAAAAUAUGGAAUUAGAAGACGAUAAAAAAAGUCUUUAUGAAAUUCUUCAUAUUGAUCCAACAUCUACAAUAACGGAAAUAAAAAAAGCUUAUCGUAAAAAAGCAUUAUUAUUUCAUCCCGAUAAAAAUGCAAAUCCAAAUGCGGACAAAAUGUUUAAACUCAUACAUAAAGCCUAUGAAACAUUAUCGAAUGAAGCAACACGUAAUAAACAUAUUUUAUCUUAUAAUGAUGAUGAUACUGAGGAAGAUGUACUUUCAACUGACUUGAAAUCGUUACACAUAGGCCAGAAAUGGUCGGAUAUGUGCAGACAAAAACUAGAUUAUUGGGUUCAACAAUUUGAUGAUAUAAAAAUUAUUGAUAAUUUUACAAGUGAGCUGGUUUCAAUUACCGAUAAUAUAAAAAUAAACUUUGAUUCAGUUCUAAAUACAAAUAACAGCACUAAUCAAUACAUCAUAUAUCAAGUAUGCAAUCAGUUGUAUCUAUCAAUAGAAAAACAUGAAGAUGAAAUAAUCAAACCAUAUCGUAAUUUAUUUCAAUCAAGUGAUAACAAUCAUAUUACUAGAAACAAUUAUCUAAAUCAACAAUUGCAGAGUCUUAUACAAAAUUCGAUUUGGACUUGGAAACCAGCGUUGUUAUCGUCAUCAUUAUUACCCUGUUUACUAUCAAAUAAAGAAUGGAAAAAUAUUACACAUACAAUUACAAAAUCCGAACAAUUAUUAAAUACAUCUAAUACAUGGCAUAUUUACCAUAAAGACGAUGAACUAUUAAUAUCAGAAUUAUUAAAAAUAAAAUACAUAAAACUUUUACGGGAACAGAAAAUAAUAGGUCAGUUAACGCAACAAAUUAAUAAUGAAGAAAAAAAACAACAAAAAAUGUCAUUUGUAAAAAGUUUAUUAUUGACAAUAAUUAAAGAUAAAAGAUUAUCAAACGGUAUGAAAGUGUUCAUAUUCGAUUCAUUGUAUUUUGUUGUCCCAAAUCCACCUGUAUUGAAUAUAUCUGAUAAUUGUCAUCUUUGUAAAAAAACCGUUACACUAGUCAAUUAUUGGUGGACAAAUAAUUGUCGAAUGUGUGGUAUGCUGUAUUGUACUGAUUGUUUGAUAUUAAAAAAGAUUCCACAUUUAGGUUAUACAUUACAACCAGUUUUAAUCUGUCAAAAAUGUAUUAUUAACAAAAAUGAAGUUGAAACAGAACUUAUUAAAAAUCAUAUUAAUCAUAUGGUUUUGAAUGAAAACUAUAACAAUAUUAAUAUUUUUCUUGGUUUAUUACAACAAUGUUACAAUAAUGAUGAACAUUUAAAUGAAUAUUUUAAUGAAUUGGGAAAUCGAUUUUAUUCUAUUAAUAAAUAUUCUCAACCAUUAUUAUGUUAUUAUUAUGGAAGAUUAAAUAAUGUUACACGUUGA